AUGGUGGCUUCUGUGACGAGAUGGUGGGCUUGGUGGCUGAGGGGGGAGCGGUGGUUUCUGCGGGUCUUGAUUUUUUUGAAGAAGAGCCGGGAGGAGUCGAGCGGAGAAGGCAGCGGCGUUGAGAUCCUGGCCAACCGGCCCUACAGCGAUGGCCCGGGGGGCAGCGGGCAGUACACGCACAAGAUCUACCACGUGGGCUCCCACAUCCCCAGCUGGUUCCGGGCGCUGCUGCCCAAGGCCGCGCUGCAGGUGGAGGAGGAGUCCUGGAAUGCCUACCCCUACACCCGCACCAGAUACACCUGCCCCUUCGUGGAGAAGUUCUCCAUCGAGAUUGAGACUUACUACCGGCCCGACUGCGGCCAGCAGACGAACGUCUUCAACCUGAGCGCGGCCGAGAAGAGGCAGCGGAUUCUGGACACCAUCGACAUCGUGCGCGACCCCAUCUCGCCCGGCGAGUACAAGGCCGAGGAGGACCCCAAGCUGUACCGCUCUGCCAAGACGACGGCUGGGGGGCCCCCCCUGGGAACCGUACGCGGGGUGGGACGUGUGGAUGAGAUGGGCAGCUGGGAGGCGCUUUAG